AUGCCAUCACCGCUGCAUGGCGCCAACGCUUCCACGUCGCACCACCAUGUAAACAACGGCCACACCAACUCUCAUGCUUCCCGGCUUCCAUCGUCUUCACCGGCAAAACCCAUCAUGACAUCCAACGGUGCCGGCAACGGUAAUGGUGCCCAUUACCAUGCUGCAUCACCCUCGGGUGCCCUUUCGCACGCCGCCCACGCCGCCCUCGACAAAUCCAAACAGUUGGCAACUUCUCCUCACAGGCUAAUGAUGGGCAUUCCACCAGCAGCUACACCUAGCCUCGCUUCUGCUCCCAAUGGCACCUAUUCGCAGCAGGAUCAACCCUCAAACGAUGCUACCCAUGCUAAUGGGAAUGCCAAUGGUAGCGCUGUCGUCGCUGUCGUCGCUGUCGAUGCUAAAGGGAAGCAAAAGCAGGUCGACCCCAUCGACGCAAUCCCACUGGCACAGCUUGAGCAGGAGCUACCACUCGAAGAAGCCGAUCUCAUCUCUCUCGCUGCUCUUGUCGAAAGACUCGCCAACUACGGCUACGAAUCGCUCCAGAAUCUCGCAGAAACGCUUCCGUCCCUGCCGUCCUCCUCCAAACGUGCAAAGAUCUUCAACACGGCCCUCGAUGUUCGCAAACAGUUCAUCAAGCUUCUGGUUCUGUCGCGCUGGUCCAAAGAUGUUGCCGACCUCCAAAAGGCGAGAAACAUCAUCGCUCUCCUUUCAGAGCAGCAAUGGCAGCACGAAGAUGUCUUUGCCGGCCUUACCGACAUUCGAAAGAUCUUGCCCAAUGCACGCAUGAGAAACGCAGACCUCCCUACUGCCAUCGAUGUUCUCCAAACCGGCACUUAUCGCAGGCUUCCCGCCAGCAUCAAGGACAUGGCCGUCGCAACCAAGCCCUUUUCUGACGAACAAGCGCUUGCCAUAGUCACUCGUCUCGAGGAUGCGCUCCGAACCCGUAUGGCCUGCCGCGAGCUCAUCCCUGCUCCUCUCUCCAACUAUUCUAUACGUGACGGCAAAGUCCAUUUCAGCGUGCCUGGACUGUUUGAUGCUCAACUAACCGCCAGCAGCGGAGGUCAGGAUCCCGACGAUGAGACACCGUCCUUUGCGGAUGACCGGUGGUGGCUGCUCGAUCUCAGCUUCGACGUCGCCGCGACAGGCUCGUGCGCAGAUUCUAGCAGCCGCUCCUUCCCUCGUAAGCCCAAGAAAGCGUAUCGCGAGCGUCUACGUGUAUGGGGCGAUCAAGAGCUCGCGCCGAGGUCGCAAACUGCUCAAAGCGAGGCUGCCGAUGAGGACAAGACAGAUUCGCUCCAAGCAGCUGCACAGCCGGCUCGUGACAUUGCAGAUGAGAAGCCAAUAGACGCAGCAGAAUCAAAGGAGACCCGGCAACCCUCAGAAAACACAGAACAAGACGAGUCGGCAUCGGUCAAAGAACCAACCGAGCGGGACGCACCCUUGUCGAGGCUGUUCGCAUUCUUGCAAGAGCGCUCCUUGCAUUAUCAAAUGGACAUCCUUCAGCAUCAAGCCUACGAGCUCUGUCGGCUCAACUGGGGUUCCAAUCUCCGUGUCGAGACUGCAGAGCGUCCGAGGCGGCUUACACUCCAUUACUGGACCCAGGCGCAAGGAGCGGCUGGCGCAGCGCAACGUGCAGAAAGCCCUGCGGCUGGAGGAAGCGUCCAAAUCACCAUCGUCGAUCUGCCCGAUCGUGCAGGCGCUACCAAGACGCUCGCUAUGUUGCUCGGUGACGAUAGCCUUCGGACCGCUCAGACAGAGCGUCGAAUGAGCCCCGUGGCAGUGAAGCGAAGAGGACUGCAGGUCACCUGGAAUGCCCACGCCAGCAUCGUUACUGACGCCGAGACGGCCAACCUCGUCGUAUCACCACAUAGCCUAGACGUAGAGUUACUGCUUAGCUCGGUGAUCAAGCGACACACUUUGGCCUUGCUGCGCAAUCUGCAGCGUCGUAUUCUCGUCAGCGAUCAUGCCGUUUCUCGUUUGCUUCGUCCCGAGGAUUGUGCCCUCUGCGUAGAGCAUGCGCAGCGACAAGGCGACGAGUUUUCGACAGCCACAGAGGCCACCAGCUUCAGCUUCCUCCGGAUCGAGCUUCGUAGAAGCGGUCGGCCACGCAGCGCAACUGCGAGACAGGGCUCCACAUCUGGGGUUCCUCCGCUUCGCCUCAGCGUCGAUCCCGUCAGCGGACGUUUGCUCCUCGACGCCGAGACAACGCAAUCAACGGCGACGGAUCUGGGCUCACAUUCAGUAGCUCGACAUGCGGCGAACUUUACAGCAUCGAUUCUCACCACGCGUCCCACGAACGCCCGUCUUACCGAAUCAUCCGACCGUAUCAACGAGUCGAUGGAAGCCAUCUUCGAUGCGCUUUACAGGCUCGAGGUGUUUGCCCGUGUCGAGGAAUGGGAGCGCAUGGCUUCCUACCUUGGUCUUCGCGCCGUCCGCAAGCUUAAUCUGCGCGCGCAGGAUUUGGUCAAGUUUGGCCCUUCGACGUCCGCGUCGCCAGACGCAGCUCCGCAACUCUUCAUCCCGCUUCGCAACAACUUUCCCGGCUACUUCCUGGCUCUGCAGCCUUCCGAUGUGGCCGACGCUUCAAUUGCUUUGAUCUAUGUCGUGCAGAUGAUGGAGGCGACGGGCGCUCCCACCUUGACCGUCCAGUCGAUCGAAUGGCUUGACAGGGCCAAAAUUUCCGCCGCGUCGAAAGCCGAGAGCGACAGACAGACUGAUGCUGGAGUCCUUGUUGCCGCUGAAGCCGGGCAGAAGCGUAAAGACGCACCGGGGGGCGUUCAAACGCAAACCAGCGAGGCAGAUGCCAACUUGAGUAAGAACGACCUGACCAUGGAGGAGCUCGGGGAUGUGCAUUCGUACUGCAUCGCGCUCGUGUCAUACUUCCGUGUAGAGCAACAGUUACGCAUGCGAGGUAUUCCGUAUCUGCAUGUUGGGAGCAACACUUCGCUGUCAUCCCCACCGGCCAAGCGGCAAAAGCGACUGGCACCGGCUCGCACCGGUCCGCAGUCCGCUGAUGCAUGCGACGAUGGGCUGUUCGAUGAUGGUGAAGACAAUGGUGAUGUGCCUGCUGCUCCACAGAACAGCACGGAUGACCCCGCAGACGAAGCUGCUCAAGCAGCCGCCGAGACGGGCGUCGCUGCUCUCGUGCCCUCGCUCUGUCUUCGCGCUACGGACCUGCUUGGCCCAGCCAGAUCACACCUGACCAAGCCCAACGUCUCUCUACGCAUCCGCAACUGGGACGACAGCGACAAGUGCUGUGUUCAGAUGCGCAUCAAGCUGCGUAUGAAGUCACGCCGCUUCCGCGCGCUGCACGAGGUCGUGUCGUUUGCGCCCACUUCAGACCAGCACACCACGUCGCCACGGACAUGGAUUGAUUUCGACAACGAGACCUCGCUGCUGACACUGUCUACGCGUGAUCUCGACAAUUGCGUCCUGACGUUCUACACACAGUGGGAGCGCGUAAUGCGGAUGGUACAGCUCACGCGAGAGGUGCUCAAUGUCAGCCGAGCGUGGCAGCAGCGCGCUUUGCGCUCGCAGAUCAGCUGCAAGAAGCCGGCUGGCUUGGUAGAGCUGCGACGAUUCGACUUUGACAUGGUGGUCUUCUCGUAUGGGAGCAUGGCGGUGGACGGAUCCGAGCGGAAACUGUUGGUGCGAGUGCGCUGGCAGGACGCCAAGGUGGAGAUGCAGCCUUACUCCAAUAUGCCCUUGACGCAGAGCGGCGGCUACCUUCUCGAAUUUGGCUCGAUUCCGACUGAAGAGUUGGAGAGACUAGACACUGACGUUGCCGCCGAUGGUGGUGCGACAGCCGAGACGCCUCUGGCAGCACGAGCAGCUGCUGCGCGUAAGGACGAGGAGGCGGUGUCAAACUGGUUCAACGACGUGCACGCUUCAGCCAAUCCGCACAACGCCAUGGCUUUCGAGCUACGGCGCACCGUCAACGUGGCAGCGCGUGCAGCAGCGAUGCACUCGACGGUGCAACCGCAUUCGGAACGUAUGGUGUGGAGGGGAUUUUUCAAGCUGUUGCAGGAUACUUUGGCCCUGGUACGCGAAGUGGCUCCUCUGGCGGAUAAGUGUCUGUCAGACCCUGACGUGCCCGAGGUGGAGAUUAAGAGCGCAACGUGGUUCCGACUGCGCUUUCAGGAUCGAUAUGCGCUGGAUUUGCGGUUGGUGGCGCGAUCGAGGUUGGUUGUGUCGGAUGCGUCACGACCGCUGUUCCGCAGCGAGGUGCAACAAGGGCAAGAGCAGCAGCAGCAGCAACAGGAGAUCGUCGCUACUUCGGAGACCACGGAUCCGGAUUCGCAAGGAGGCUUAUUUGGCGGCUCAGACUUGCUCAACAGCCUCAUUGCAGGCAAAGCUCCUCCCGCCGCCGCCGACAGCGCUGCCAAGCCCCAAAAUCGCAUCAGGACCGCCGCCACCACCACCGCCACCACCGCCGCCGCAGCAUCUGGUCAAACCGGACCGACAGUAGGAGCAGCUAUGCAGUUCCAACCGAUCCCCAACCUCGAUAACGUGUUACGCAAGGUUCAUGCAGCGCUGCAGAGCUCCGCCGCCUCGGCUCCGGACGAAACUGUCGCUGACACAGUUCAAGGCGACUCGACCAAGUCGGUGAUGCACACUCACGCAGGCGAUGCGAUAUGCAACCUCCGCCGAGCGCUGCUGAUCCCUCUUGCGCCUUUCUCCUCGAGCCUACUCAAACCCGCCGAGCCGCGUGCACCGCUGCUGAGCGCGCUCAUCCCGCUGCUGGUCGACCUCGUUGCGACCGAGAUCAGCCAUGCUUGA